AUGGAUUCCGACAUACCAGAAUUUAAAGUAGUAACAGUUGGCGAUUCUGGUGUCGGCAAGACCUCUCUUGUUAAAAGAUUCUCAGACGGUGUCUUUACUGAAGGCGCCGCCACUACAAUUGGAGCAGCCUAUGUAAAAGUGGAUGUUGUGAUUGCCAACUCGCCUAUCUGCCUCAAUAUAUGGGAUACAGCUGGGCAAGAAAGAUUUCAAUCACUCAUUCCACUUUAUCUUCGAAGUGCACAGGCUUGCAUCAUCGUUGUAGACAUUUCUCAAAAAGACGCAGUAUCAAAUCUUAAUGUUUUGUUUGAAAACUUUAAAGAUAUUUUGCCACAAGACAUCUGCUUAGUUUUAGCAGGCAAUAAAAAAGAUCUCGUUCCAGAUUACGAUCCUACACCAUUACUUGGAUGGGCUGAUAAAAAUAAGAUGUCAUGUAUAUUCACUUCCGCGAAAUCAGGAGAAAAUGUUGAUUUAUUAUUCCAAGAAGUUGGAAGUCUUGUUAAAAAUAGCCAUGCAGGCCUUAGGGAAGAUUCAAAUUACUACUCUCUUGCUAGUUCUGAGCAUUCGAAUUCAAGUUCCUGCUGUUAA